GCGGCCGCGCCGGCUCCGCUCCCGGCAGCGCAGGCUGCGCCCAGCGCGGCGGCGCCUCUGCACUUCCCUUCCCUUCCCUUCCCUGCCCGCCGCCCGGCGCUGGUGGGGCGGCCGCCCCGGGAUCGCCGCGGUCCCCGGUGCCGGGAAGUUUGCCCGGCGCGCCAGGGAAGGAUGGAGCCCGGAGAGGCCGCGGCGGCGCCCCUCAACCUGUCCCGAGCCGCGGCAGAGACGCCCCGGGGGGAGUUCAACCUGUCCGGGCUGCCGGAGGCGGAGGGGAAGCCGCUCUUCGGCAUCGGCAUCGAGAACUUCAUCACCUUGAUCGUCUUCGGUUUAAUCUUCACCCUGGGGGUGCUGGGCAACACGCUGGUGAUCACGGUGCUGGCGAGGAGCAAGCCAGGCAAGCGCCGAAGCACCACCAACAUCUUCAUCCUCAACCUGAGCAUCGCCGACCUGGCCUACCUGCUCUUCUGCAUCCCCUUCCAGUCCACGGUCUACGUGCUCCCCACCUGGGUGCUGGGAGCCUUCAUCUGCAAGUUCAUCCACUACUUCUUCACCAUCUCCAUGCUGGUGAGCAUCUUCACGCUCUCAGCCAUGUCUGUGGACCGGUACGUGGCCAUCGUGCACUCCCGACGCUCCUCAGCCUUGCGUGUCCCCCGGAAUGCGAUGCUGGGUGUGGGGCUCAUCUGGGCGCUCUCCUUCGCCAUGGCCUCACCUGUGGCUCACCACCAGCGCAUCUUCCACCGCGAGACCAGCAACCAGACCUUCUGCUGGGAGUUCUGGCCCAACCCACGCCACAAGAAGGUCUACGUGAUCUGCACGUUCGUCUUCGGGUAUCUGCUCCCGCUGCUGCUCAUCUCCUUCUGCUACGCCAAGGUUCUUAAUCAUCUGCAUAAGAAGUUAAAAAACAUGUCAAAGAAGUCAGAAGCAUCCAAGAAAAAGACAGCACAGACUGUGUUGGUGGUGGUAGUGGUUUUUGGCAUCUCCUGGCUGCCUCAUCACGUGAUCCAUCUCUGGGCUGAAUUUGGAGUUUUCCCACUGACUCAAGCCUCCUUUCUCUUCAGGGUAACGGCACACUGCCUGGCUUACAGCAAUUCUUCUGUGAACCCAAUCAUAUAUGCAUUUCUGUCUGAAAAUUUUAGGAAGGCCUACAAACAAGUCUUCAAAUGCCAGAUUGGUAAUGAGUCACUUCUGAAUGAUGCUAAGGAAAAUAAAAGUCGGAUAGAUACACCACCCUCUACCAAUUGUACCCACGUGUGAAUGUUGAGAAGCCCUGUGUGUUGGCUCUUCCUUUAUGUAAACUAAACACCAAGAAAAAGAAAAAGCACAAUGAGCUUUAUCCUGGGUUUAUCUUGAUAAUGCUAAUUGGUAUUUAAUGUACUGAAGUUUCAUUUGUAACCAAAGUUUGUGAAACUCGUAUGAAAACAACCUGGGCUGAUCAUUUGCAUCUUAGAUAACUUUGUCAAAUAAAGCUCUUGGACUUUCAUAGAUAUUUGAGAAAAAAAAAUGUUGAGAUGACGUGUCUGUAUUCUUACUCAGUAAUCAUACAAAGGUACAAGAAGAAGAUGUUGAUGUGGUAACUUGUGACAUCUUACUCCAUGAAAGUGAAAAAUGGAUACAUUUCCUGUCCUACAGAUAAUAAAUACUGGACUACUGUGAUUUCAAAGAGGAAAGCUUUUGUUCUCUCUUCAGAUUGUUUCAACAAUGCUUUUUUUUUUUUUAAAGUAAACCUGGGCUCUGAUUUGGAGUUGGAAUAAGUUGUGUACACCUUGAGGCAAUUGCUUUAGAGCGGAAAUGCUAUUUCUAUCUUUUUAGCUGGUUUCAAUAUGUCUUACUGAGCAAAGAUGGAUUGGUUUUCCACUUCAUUUGGCUGCCUUACUGUAUGCACAAAACUUUUGUGAGCACUAUAUAGGGAUUUUUUAUGGCCUGUGUGUAAUUGUACCAAAAUGAGGAUUUGUGUCUAACUGAGGGAAGUUUCUCUUCAUGUGCUGCAUGUGCAUGUAUGUGUGUUUUCUUAAUUUCAUAGGCUUUGAGAUGGAGAUGCAGUUUUAAAAGUGCAUCUGUUUUAAAUUAUUAUGUUUCAUAAGGAAGCUCUAGGCAAUGUUUAAGGAUUUAAAGGUAGCAUUCCCUUAAAAGUCGUAGGUGGAGCUUGAUAUCAUGUAGUUUUAAACUGGAAAUAAAAAGAAGGUUGCGUUUAAAUUACUGCAAAGUACAAAAGGUAAAUGGUACAAUUCUGCAAAUUCUUAGAUAAAAUUAGUCAUUUCCACAAUUUUAUAACUUUACUUAAAAUGUCUUUAGGUGGUAAAUUGCUAAAGAAAUAAUGGAAAAACACUCCUUUAAAAACAUUCCUUUAGCUGGAGUAAGACAUGAUUUUACCUGUUUUUAUUAAUGACCCAUAGACUCAUAGAACAAAUCAAAUUAAAGGAACCUCUGGACAGGGAUAUCCCUCAAGUCAGGGACACCCUCAGUUGUGUCACUUCCUUGACUAGGCAAAAUCUGAAAAUUUCUAAGGAUGGCAAUUCAACAAUAAAUUUGGAGCAACCUGCGCUAGUGCCUAAUCACCCUCACUAAAAUAUUUCUCCUUAUCCACAGCUGGGAUUUCCCUUAAGGUAUCUUGUGACCACUGCUUUCUUCCCUUUCACUGUGUACUGAACUCUUUUCUCUAACUGACUAAUGUGCAAUUUUAGGAUGGCCAUUGAAUUUCCCCUCAGCCUUCCCUUCUGGAACCAUGCGCUGCCCUGAGCCUCUCCUCAGGUGCCUGGCUGGGUCAGUGGCCUUCCACUGCCCUUCCUCCAGCAUCUCCAUCCCUCUCAUGACCUGAGGUGUUCAAAAAUGAGCUGUGUGUUCCAGAUGUGGCCUCACAAGCACUGAGCAGGGUAAUUGCUUCUCUUGACCCAUUGGCUGGCCAUUGCUAAUACAGCCUAAUGUUAUCAUCAUUUAUGGCUGCAAGGGUACACUGCUGACUUAUAUUUGAUUACAAGCCUUCAAAUCCUUUUCUGCAGAUUUGCAUUGAGUCCCAGUCCAAGUGUCAGGACUUGGCUUUUGGCUUUCUGGAUCUUCAUGCAUUUGGUAGCUGUUUCUUCCAUGUUUCCAGCUUACCAAGAGCCUUUGAAGGGUGUGCCUGCUCUCCAGAAUGCCCACUACUCCCCCAGGUUUGGUAUUGUGUGUAAAAUUGCUGAGAGAGUCCUGAAACCUUCUCCUGGUCUUUAAAGAUGCCAAGUGGUGUUGGCCAGAUGCUCUUUCAGAUUCUUUUUUCUCUACAGACUUGCUUUAAAAAAAAAAAAAAUUCAGAGUGGUGGAACUUCAACUAUGGAGACUUAGCUCAUAUAAAAAUAGCUAUGUUUAUGUAUCAGUAUUGUCUGCUUGGAAUCAGUAAAAUAAUAUCAAAGACAUGCUAUUGCAUGCAUGGUGUUUGUGUCCAUUCUUUCAUGUGAAGAGAUUAUUUG